AAAAAAGCAAAAAAAAUGAAUUAAUGAAAUAAUAAAAUGACCAAGAAGUUACAUUUCACUGGUAGAGUCAAAGUUGGUAACAUUGAAUGUUAUCACUCAAAAUUUCAAAAAAAAAAACAACAACUUCGAAAUACUUCGAAAUUGAAGAAUUGAAAAUUGAUUGAAAAAAUGAGGUGUUAAUCGUUUACUAUUUCGCAUAUUACGACUGUUUCUUCAUUCAGAAAGCAGAAUUCCCUAAACGCUCCGAAAAUGUCUCUGGUAAAAACGUUCGCCAAUGCUACGAACAUCGACGACAACGACCGUAUAAAAUUCCAUCGUACGAAGAUAGUUGCCGCCAAAGAGACACUGAGACUUCUCCGAAACAGACUGCAUUUAUUGAAAGCUUCCAACAGUCAAGUACAACGUGAACUGCUGGCUGAUUUGACCAAACUUGAGCAUGCAUUGUCUCUGGCAGUACACGAAAUGCAGAAAGUAGUCACCAAACGUCACAUGAUUCAGUUGGCUCUCGAACGAUCGAUAUUUUCUACCUUGUUGUACUUACCGGAGAAAAAACUCUUCGAUGCGAUCGGAUUAAAUGACAUCGAGCAUUGUAUUUCCGAUAACUUGAAAUCCAUGCUAACGCAAGCUGAAUCUUUGAAAGAAAAAAAGGAAACAUCCGAUACUCAGUUUAUAAAGAUGACGAAUUGUAGAGACGAGUUGGCCGAUGUUGUUGAUGAGAUAGCUACCAAGUUGAAUGAUCAAGGAUCGUCGGAAUCCGACGAAAUAAAAAAACAACGAUUGGCCAAAAAGUGCGAUAAUAUCAAUAUGCUCAGAAGUUUUUUCUCUGCUUUGGUUGCAGCUCAACCGAUGGAAGAUUGUAAAAUGCUUGUACCUUUGGUUUGGAAAUGGCGUACGCAUCGGUCCUACGAAUAUUAUCAGAAUAGGAUUUCUUACGAGUAACGAGUAAUAUGAGACUAGUUAGACUGGCUUAUUUUAUUAUUGUACAUAUUUAUUGUAUUUAAGUUGAUGAUAAUUUUACUUCGAGUACUGUACCAGUUAAAAAUUGAUUGCUCAAUGUUUUAAGAGAAUUAUUCUAAUUUUUUAUUAUAUUUUUAUUCGUUCGUU